AUGUCGACAUUGAGGAUGGCAUCGAUGGCUUUAAAAGGCCAAACGAGAAUGUUCAGUGUACUAAAGUAUAGAAGUACAAAACUUGCAUCUGAGCAUCUGAUGAAACCUCAGGGCACAAUCCAAGGAAGACACGUGGAGAAUUACCACUACGACAAAGAUAAUAACCUUGUAGUGAAUAUCAAGCCUCUCCCACGGAAAAACGAGUCGGUGGAGACUAAAAGAAGAAGAUUGCUAUACCAAUCGAGAAAGAGAGGAAUACUAGAAACAGAUCUUUUGUUGAGCAGAUUUGCAGACCGGUACUUGAUAAAGAUGACAGAAGCAGAGCUCAAUGAGUAUGACAAGUUGUUGGAUGAGAUGGACUGGGAUAUAUACUAUUGGGCGACGAAAAACUACAAGAUAACGCCUCUUCCGGACAGAUGGAAGCAUUCUAAGGUGCUGAGAAUGCUUCAAGAGAGCAGCAAUAAUGGGGACAAAGUGAUUCUGCGAAUGCCUGAGUUGAAGAAGGAGGAAAUGACGAUUGGGCUUGCGAAGGAUUGA